UCAUGAUUAUUUAUAUAUAAAUUUCACUAAAGAAAAAUUAACUCCAAAUUAAUCAGAGGAUCUAUUAUUAAAAGCACAUGUCUGAUGGUUUUAAAAAACCCUGUAUAAUAUCAUAUUAUAAUGUGUAAACCGUUCUUAAUAUACAUAUAUAUCAAUAUAAUAUAUUAUAUAUAUACUUACAUAUGUCCAAUAUAUAUAUACCUAAAUAUAUACAUACAAUAUAUCUUUAUGUAUGACUAGAUGCUCGCAGACGGACGUCGCUUAUCGAUCUCUUACUUGGCAUAUAUUAUAUCUGUAGUUGUCAACACGUUCGGUCACAUGUGCUUGUAUUGCGCUGUCGGUGAACUGUUAGCAGCACAGUGCGACCAAAUCCAUUACGCUGCAUAUUGCAAUAAAUGGUAUACUCUGGAUUCAAAAUAUGCGCGGAAUUUGAUUCUUCUAAUGGCAAAGACCGAUAGACCAUUUUAUCUUAACGUUGGUAAAGUAUUUCCCUUGACAAUGGCUACGUUUUGCAAUCUAAUAAAAACAUCAGCCGGUUAUAUAUCCGUUUUGCUUACAACAAGAAAUCAAUCGAGAUCUUGA